GGAGAAAGUUAACGAGAGAAAUAUUCUCUUAUUGAACUUAUAACAACUGAGCAAUUCAAACAGUGAGUUACUACGCUGGUUACAGGAAAAUAUUUACAGUUUGGUUAGUGUUGUUCAAGAAUGUUCACAUUCUAUUGCAUCUGCAGCAGGACCAGUUCAACAACAAGAACAACUUGAAGUAUAUAAAGAUCGAUGCACAUGUUUGGCUCAUAUUUUCUCAUCACUUGCCAGAACUUUACGACCUCCUCUAGUUGAUCAACCCACUAGUCCUGGGUCUGGUGGUUUCGGAGACUUGCGUACAAUGGAAUGUAUUCUUGUGAUCCUUGAAGUACCCCCUCCUCUUGGUAGUCGUGAGUUAGCAUCCAUUACCUUCCACGCUUGCAUUCAUUGGCUGAUGAUGCAAUUCGACAUCGAUCCCUAAGUGCUUCAAUAUCGGUGAAUCAAGGGGGUUUGGACUCUUCCACUUCCAUCAAUGGUUCUAAGUCCUCCGGUGGCGUGACGCGCCCGGUUGCGGCUCUGAUACCCUACUUCACUCGAGUUGUGGUUGCGCUGACUAACUACUGUCCAAGUAACACAGCUGAUUUAGAAAGUACAGAUGAAUUAAGAGAUUUCCGGGAAGAUGUUCAUGAUCUCAUGCAAGAUAUCCUGGGUUUGGUUGGAGCAGAAGCUAUAUUCGUAGAGCUCUACAACUAUGUUCAAAAGUUACAAAUGCUAGCUAUGUCUGCAAAUGCACAGGCGUCAGCACAUGAAGUACUUCGUGAGUCGGAGGCAUGUCUAUUUAUGCUUACAACAGUUGCUAAACGAUUAUCUCCUCAUGAUCCUGAGGGCCAUAUAUCAAAUCUGAUAUCGAAAUUAGUACUUCCAGGUCUUACUGGACCGUGUCCACCUCCCCUUCAAGAAGUUGGCUGUAUGUUAUAUAUGGAGCUGGCUCACUGGGCUGCCUGUCAUCCUAACCUUCGUCGCCAAAUUGUCAACCAACUAGUUGAGAUAAUCGAAAAGGCUGCUGGUGUUGAAUCACAAUGUCUACAGCCUGGUCAGAAGCUUGCUGUUGGAGCAGCACUUUCAGCUCUUGGUUCGCUAUGUGCUGUCUAUCGUGCAACUCCAACAUCUACUCCUAAUGGCGAUGUCCUGUCAACUACUUCAUCGAAUAACUCUGAUUCCCCACGUCUUGCUUUGAUUGACGAGCAUUGGCAGGAUUUGGUUAACCGAGUUGCCUAUAAUUUACCGAGGCUUGCUUGGGUUCCUAUUCAUGAUGCUACUCACUUUUUCUCUGGUAUUGGACGAGGUCUUAUAUGUUCUGUUGGUACAGGUGGUGGUGGAGUUGAGCUUAAUCCUCGACCGUCUAGACAAGCUUUCCCAAUGAGAGUAGCACAAAUCUGCAGCGUCAGUUUAGAGUGCUUAUCUAAGCUGAUGGAUGGGAACGUUCCUAUUGAAGGUUCAGAUACUCUUAGUGAUCCUCGUGUCUGGCUUGACUAUUUGGCAGCACUUUUUCGCACGUUUAAUUGUCUUUUGCGACGUUUGGGAAAUCCAAGUUCUAGUCAGUGGACUGCAAGGGAACGCGAGUCUGUUGAUCGUACUGCAUCUGAAAUGUUACUUUCCGCCCAAAAUUGUUUAGCUGAAUGUUUGCGGUUGGUCAGAGAAGUAAUUUGGCCAGUUGUCACACGCGUGCUCAUACAUUAUGCUUCACGUAUGCGACCGAUGGAACAUGUUUGUCGUCUCAUACGCUUCAUUGUACGAUGCUUUUCUGUGCAUUUACGAGAUCUUCUCCCAGAAUUGGCUGAGAAAAUUGUUGUCGCUUACACUACUGGUGGACAGCAUUCAAGUUUCCUCUACUUAACUAGUGUGCUGGUCGAUGAGUUUGGAGACCAGCUAGACUGUAGAGUUGGCUUGGUCAAUGUGUAUGAGGCAUUGAGCUCACCAACUCUGAAAUCCCUCUCUGGUCCUGGGCUUAGCCAGCAACCUCACACUGUGGAGGACUUAUUUCGACUAUGCACUCGACUUGUACAACAUUGUGCAGCUGUUUUUCUUACUAGCAAUAGGAUCCGUUUAAAUGAAUUGUGUGACACGGCGGUAUCGUCGCUGAAUUUGUGCUGUACUGGUCCUGGUGCUGGUUCCUCUGGUGAUGACACUCCUGAUCCGAAUUCAUCCAACAAUGAUGAAUCAAGUUCAACAUCAGCUUCCACUAGUGCAUCAGCUGCUGCGGCUCGGUUUUUUAUUGAGCUUAUUAUAUUUACCAGUGAGGCUUGUGAAGAAACACCAAUACAAGUUGCGCAGAUUUUGUCGUCUGGUAGGCAGCUUCCGACGCCAUCCUGCCAGCCAGCUUUGGCCGCUCAAAAUGUUAUUGUGUGGUUGACAUCUUCCGCACCUACAAAUCCUGCUGGUUCCAGUGAUAUGGAUAAUUACUGUGGUGGCCAAAGAUUAGUUUCUGCUUUACUACAAGCCUGCUGCCUUGGAUUAAUAGAUGAACGAUUUCCAGAGAUGGCUGAUAUCUUAUAUCAUCUCAAAGUCAUGACUAAUCAUGAGAUGUUCCUUAAUUGGCUGAGAAUUGGGGUAGCGCACUUAUCCGUAGUACGUACAGAUGGCUUAGUUCAGGCCACACAAGACCAAAUUACCGACUUCCAAGAUGCCAUUAUGAAUUCCUCUCGAAGUUCGACAAUCGUGCAUGCUCUCGACUCAUUUUCAAGAUUGUUCCGGUGAAUUAUAUCGUCCAUAUACAAUUUCAAAGGUGUAAAAAGUGUUCAGUAGUAAUGACUUCUCUUGUGUCCCAUUAUUUUCAAAAUCAUUUCUCUCCUAUCCGAAUUCCAGAUUCCCUUGCUGAUACAAAAACUUUAUUCCAUUGUAUUGGAAAUCCUUUACUACUUUCGCAUUUUUCAGAACGCUUCCACAGUUAUAUUGGGCUUUAUAUUUCCUCCCUUUUUCUUAUGUCUAUAAAAAUUUCAGUCCAUCAAAAUACAGUAGAAACCAUAUCUAAAGUUGACGACAUCGAGAUAAACUACGAGCAUUCUAACAGUCAGGGAUUUAUUUUUUGUUCUUGUUUGUUACGUUUUGGAUGAUUGUCCAAUCAUCUAAUUACUGAUCGCAGUGACAUGCUGUCAUACCAUAGAAAACUUUCCGAUGUUUUCGUACAUAAUUAGCUAACACCAUCGUGAAUGUACUGUAUAAAUGUGUAAAUUGCUUUCGUCAAUAGAUGUUCUGAUUAAUAAGUACAGUGAAGUAAAAGAAUAUGUGAGUGCCUAGCACUGCUUUCCUGAUACAAUGGGUUACCUAAAAGUAGUUUACAUUGCGAAUUUCGGCUGCUCAGCGGUAGGAUUUGAUGGAUUUAAUUUGGUAAAACAACUCGCUACUUCUUGCAGCUAAUCAUUAUAGAAAUGUACCUACAAUUUAAAAUUGAAUAUAAAUAAGUAUGAUAUCUAGACAAAAAACCUAUUUUACAAUGGUUCUAGAUUACCAUUAAGAAAAUUAUCAUUGAAAAUCUGUUUCCAUACUACUGUAUUUCAUUGUACAUAGAGGCUUUUUACCUGAAUCUGCUACUACAAAUACAGAUUAGAGAUGCAUAAUAAUUUACACCUCAUUUCUUGUGCUAAGCCAUUCAAGUUGGUGGUUACUUUGACUACGUAGCAGAUGAUAAACUAAACUUUGUCGCUUUCGAAAUGUUGAAAUCACCUCCCUCUUAUCCAUCCCUUACACAAUAACUGACGGCAGCUUCACUAUGAUCAAUACUAGUUACCGUUUUAAAAAAUAACUUUAUUCAGAAUUUAAUGAUUGAUUAACUGUAAUUUGUCACCUUAGUGUUCAGACAUUUUCACUGUAUUAAUUCUGAAAACUGAGUGCACUUCCUGAACACAGUGGUGUUCCACCUUUGCGUGAAGAAAACUGCUGCUUUAUUGUUAUAAGGUUAUUGGCAUUCAUCGCAGUGUUCAUAUUUUUCUCGCCACAAAAUAAAUUCUUCGAUAAAAUUGCAGUAACUCUAUGAUGUGUAGCUAAAGUCAUAUAUCUCUAUCUUUCUACAUGUCGAAAUAGAGUUUGUAAUUAUUA